AUGCCUCUUGAGGUUGAAUAUGAGUAUAUUAGCGUCGGUGGCAACAGACAUAGCGCUGCAGCCGACUGGUCGGCGUCUUCGGGCCUGUUGGCCUUUGGUGCUGACCAGAACGUUGCCAUAUGGGAGCCGUUGAAUGAGACUGGGCGUGGCAUUACAGCUUUGCUUUCGGGACAUUCUUCCAAAGUCACGGCAGUAAAGUUCUUCACAGGCUCACAGGAGCCGCUGACUGAAAAUCUGGUGACUGGUUCGGCGAAUGGUGAACUUUUUCUUUGGAAGAUCGACGGUCCAUCUCACACCUGGACUUUGCUCGACAAGGCCAAAGCGCAUGACGGGACCGUCAACACCAUCGCCGCAUACGAUGGCAAGGGCAUUCUGGCAACAGGCGGCGCCGAUGCAAACUUGAAACUAUGGAGGCUCGGCCAAAGGAAACUUGAGCUUGUGGCAACGCUUCCUCUCAAGCCUAGAUUCAUCCCCUUGGCUCUAGCGGUCGGGCUCUUCCCCUCAGGUGACUCGGGCUUCCUGGCCGUUGGAGGCACACGAAAUGAGAUCCAUAUCUUCGCGGUGGAAGAGCUGGCGUCAGCCCCUCAGAUACGCUUGUGCGCAUCGCUAAAGGGACACGAAGCCUGGAUCAGGAAUCUGGCCUUGACACCACAUCCAGAGGGUGGCUUCUUGCUGGCGUCUGCGAGUCAGGACAAAUAUGUCCGCCUCUGGCGCUUCCAGGAGGGAGACGCCGUACUGUCGAACAAACCAGUCGAUCCGACCACUGCAGCAACCACAGGGAACGCGUUGACAGCCAAGGUCCAGACAGUGGCGACCGCCGAUGGGAAAUACUCCAUCACCUUCGAUGCACUCCUCCUGGGUCAUGAAGACUGGGUAUAUACCGCUACAUGGCGUCCUUCAGCUUCAAGUCCACAGUUACUUACAGCCUCGGCAGAUGGAUCGCUCUCAAUAUGGGAAGCAGACCCAGCGUCCGGGAUCUGGAUCAGCAUAUCUCGGCUGGGCGAGAUCAGUACCCACAAAGGAGCGACGACAGCCACCGGUUCUGCUGGAGGGUUUUGGACAGGACUAUGGAGCCCCGAUGGGAGUAUGGUCACCUGCCUGGGACGUACGGGUAGCUGGCGCCUGUGGCAGUAUUCCGAACAAACACAAUUCUGGACACAACGACACGCCAUCAGCGGACAUGUCAAAUCAGCGAACGGUAUAUGCUGGGCACCGGACGGGAGCUAUCUUCUCUCCACCAGCUCUGAUCAGACGACAAGAUUGCACGCCGAGUGGAAAAGGGGGACGAAACGAAGCUGGCAUGAGUUCUCUCGCCCCCAGAUCCACGGAUACGAUCUCAACUGCAUCGCGAGCACAUCUCCGUAUCAGUUCUCCUCGGGCGCAGAUGAGAAGCUGCUUCGCGUCUUCAACGAGCCGAAGGAUAUAGCGAAGAUGCUUCACAAUCUGUGUCAGAUCGCACUGCCGCCAGAGAAAACGCAGUUACCAGACACGGCUGCGAUCCCGGUUCUUGGUCUGUCCAACAAGGCGAUGGAUGACAACCACGGUGACCAACGUGAUGUUGGCACGGAAGAAUCGGAUCCGAAUACAGCCUCCAAUGGGCUUGGGCCAUCAUUGCUGGAUCUCCAAGAACCUCCAACAGAAGACCUUCUCUCCCGGCAUACUUUGUGGCCAGAGCAUGAAAAGCUGUAUGGGCACGGUUACGAGAUCUCCGAAGCCGCGACGCCGGCGGAUGGCAGUGUUCUGGCAACUGCAUGCAAGGCGAGCUCGAUUGAUCACGCCGUCAUUCGUCUUUACGAUACCAACAACUGGCACGAAAUCAAGCCACCACUGACAGCACACUCUCUCACGGUCACUCGGCUGGCAUUUUCUUCUCAUCCGCCAGGAUAUCUACUGAGUGUGAGUCGAGACCGGCAAUGGGCAGUGUUCCAACGGGGCAAUGGCGAUGUUGUACGAAACUGGACGCGAGUGGCCAUCUGCCCAAAGGCGCAUAGUCGGAUGAUCUUGGAUGCUGUGUGGGUUAGCAGCGACCACCAUCUGACGUUUGCAACGGCGGGGAGGGACAAAGUUGUGAAGUUAUGGUCGGGACAGGAGGGCGCGGACGGCCCUGAGUUUGCAUGCAAGGCCUCCAUUGCCCGGAAAUCCGCGGUGACGGCCAUUUCUGCCUUGUACAAUGGUAACGGUCGUUCAGUGCUUGCAGUUGGUGAAGAUGAUGGACGCAUUUCAUUACACCUGGUCAACUGCACGCAGGAUGGCCUUGAAGUCGGCGCGAGCCUUGAAGUGGACAGCUGGUUCUGUCCGUCAAAGACGGUGCAUCGAUUGGCAUGGCGACCGAUCUCUGAUCCCGGGGAAGAUGAUCGCACAGGACAACUGGCGAUCGCGUCAGAAGACGGGUCUGUACGGAUAUUGAAGAUUGAUCUUCAAUCCUUGUCAAGCGAGUGA